CACUCCCUUCCCAAUCACAUCUCAAUUGAAUUUUCCUUCCCUCAAUUUUCUUUAUCUCAAAUUUCCAUAUCCAAAUGGCUCGUACCAAACAAACCGCUCGCAAAUCCACCGGUGGCAAAGCUCCAAGGAAACAACUCGCCACCAAAGCCGCUCGGAAAUCAGCUCCGGCCACCGGAGGAGUGAAGAAGCCACACAGAUUCCGUCCUGGAACUGUUGCUCUUCGUGAGAUCCGCAAGUAUCAGAAGAGUACCGAGCUUCUCAUCAGGAAGCUUCCAUUCCAAAGAUUGGUUAGGGAAAUCGCUCAGGAUUUCAAAACUGAUCUCAGGUUCCAGAGUAGCGCUGUUUCUGCUCUUCAAGAAGCCGCUGAAGCUUAUCUUGUUGGUUUGUUUGAAGAUACUAACCUUUGCGCUAUUCAUGCUAAGAGGGUUACAAUUAUGCCUAAGGAUAUUCAACUUGCAAGAAGAAUUAGAGGCGAGAGGGCUUAGUUCUGAUGCUAAUUAUCUUUAAUUUCCUUGUGUUUUUCUGUUAGGGUUUGGUUCAUUUUAGUUUAUCUUUUUGUAAUCUAUGUUGAAUCUUAUCCUGUUAUGUGUUCAGAAUUAAGAAAGUCAAUCUAUUUGAUUUUGUGUUAUUAA